GCAGCUUGGAUGAGAUUCUUGGUUUGCAAUGUUUAUCUGGUCCAUCUUUGCCCUCUUUUUUGGUUCGAGGUUCCUUUCAGUGCAAGUUCUAGAGGAAUCCCAACUUCUGCAACUUUCUGCAGCUAUCAGGCAUUUGUAUCCUGGCCACCUUAGCUCUGUUCAGCACACAACAGUGCCUAUAAACCUUCAUCAAGGGCACGCAGAAGCUGCCUGGGCAGACCAGUUAUAGCCUUCUCCAUCAUCUGCUGCUAGCUGCAGCAAACCAUCUGCAACAUGUCGCACCUGAGCAUCCUGACCUUCAAAUACAACCUAGCGAAGCUCCGGUUCAAGCCCUCCCGGCCGGCCGGACGGCUGCUGUCCGCAAGGGACCGGCAGCAGUCCGACUUGAUGAUGUACAAGCCUGACGAGGAGGAGAUGGCCAAGGUGUUCGACAAGAUCGCCGGCGAGCCUGGCCGGAUCUCGAGGAGCGACCUCCAGGCACUCCUGCAGAGGUUCGAGAAGGCGGACGCCGCGGGCGAGGCGCGGCGGAUGGUCUGCGCCGCCGACAGCAACAAGGACGGGUACAUGGACCUGGAGGAGUUCAUGGAGGUGCACAGGAACGGCGUCCAGCUGGGCGACAUACGCCGGGCCUUCUUCGUGUUCGACAGGGACAGGGACGGCAGGAUCACCGCCGAGGAGGUGAUGGACGUCCUGCGCAGGCUCGGGGACAGCUGCAGCCUCGAGGACUGCCGGAAGAUGGUGAAGGAGAUCGACAGGAACCAUGAUGGGUUCGUGGACAUGGAUGACUUCAUGGCCAUGAUGACUCGCCCGAGGAAGAGGAUGUAACAUUUGUGGUCAAGCAAGCCUACGUAUCGUACCAACGCUGGUUUAGCUCGUCUCCAUUGCGUGUGACAUAAACUGAAACUUGUAAACCCAGGAAGAAUAAAUAAAGUAAAUAAACGCCCCUAUGCUUCUAA